AUGCAUCGGCCAAGCGUGGCUCGUCGUUCGUCCGUUUCAGUGGUCGUCAUCGAUUAUCCAUGGACGAAAACUAAAGAAGACGUUGCUGCCUUCUACAAUGUUGAAGAGACUAAAGGUCUCUCUGAAGAACGGGUCAAACGUGAUCUUGAAAGAUAUGGACCCAAUGAACUACCUGCCGAAGAAACCAAACCACUAUGGAAACUUAUUCUAGAGCAAUUCGACGAACUUCUAGUCAAAAUUUUACUUGCUGCUGCUUGUAUUUCAUUUGUAUUAGCUUUAUUUGAAGAACACAAAGAAGAAGACAGUCUUGUAGCAGCUUUUGUAGAGCCACUUGUUAUUCUUCUCAUUCUAAUUGCCAAUGCUACAGUUGGUGUUUGGCAAGAACGGAACGCCGAAAGUGCUAUUGAAGCAUUGAAAGAGUAUGAACCUGAAAUAGCUAAAGUUGUGCGACAAAAUCGACCAGGACAAAUUCAACGAAUUAAAGCACGUGAACUUGUUCCUGGUGAUAUUGUUGAAGUCGCUGUCGGUGACAAAGUACCAGCAGACAUACGAAUAACAACAAUUCAUUCAACAACACUUCGUGUUGAUCAAUCGUUGUUAACUGGUGAAAGUGUGUCGGUUAUCAAGCAUACAGAUCCUGUUCCUGAUCCACGUGCUGUCAAUCAAGAUAAAAAGAAUAUUUUAUUUUCAGGAACAAAUAUUGCAACAGGCAAAUGUCGAGGUAUUGUUGUUGGAACUGGUCUAAAUACAGAAAUCGGUAAAAUUCGAUCUGAAAUGGCUGCAUCAGAAGAAGAAAAAACACCAUUACAACAGAAAUUGGAUGAAUUCGGUGAACAAUUAUCUAAAGUUAUUUCAAUCAUUUGCGUGGCUGUAUGGGCUAUCAACAUUGGUCACUUCAAUGAUCCAGUUCAUGGUGGUUCAUGGCUUCGUGGAGCUAUUUAUUAUUUUAAAAUUGCUGUAGCUCUAGCUGUUGCUGCAAUUCCUGAGGGUUUACCAGCUGUCAUCACAACUUGUCUUGCAUUAGGAACACGGCGAAUGGCAAAAAAGAAUGCGAUUGUUCG